AUGGAUGAAAUUUUCCUACGCACUAAUGAAGAUAUUUUAGUCAAAGCCAGCAAAUAUAAACAACAAAGUUCGACCAUAUCACUGAUAAGAAUAGAAGAACUUCAUACACUGCUUGGUCUUAUAAUUUUCAGCGGUGCUAUGGGUAAUAACGAUUUACCGAACAGAGAGCUUUUUGAUCCCACACUUUGUGGUUCAAAAGACAUAGCUACAAUGAGCUUGGAACGUUUCGAGUUUCUCUUACGCUGUCUUCAUAUUGAUGACCGCAGCACCCGUGAAAACAGAAGACAGAAUGACAAAUUUGAACCCAUCCGAAACAUCUGGGAGAUAUUUAUACAAAGAUGUAGAGAUCUUUACAAGCCAUGCGCCUACAUAAACAUCGAUGAACAGCUGCUUGCUUUCAGAGGUCGAUGUCCAUUCAGAAUGUAUAUACCGAAUAAACCAGCCAAGUACGGCAUAAAGAUAGUUUUAGCUUGUGAUGUGAACAGUAAGUACAUGUUUGAUUCUUGUCCCUACUUAGGAAAAAACGCUGAAACUGCCCCGGCUGAACUUCUUGGUACUCAUUACUGCAAACUGAUUACAAAGACUAUUUAUGGGAGCAACCGUAACGUCACGGCAGACAAUUGGUUCACAUCGGUACCUCUAGCUGAGCAACUUCUGGAAGAUCCGAUCAAUCUGAUAUUCACUGGAACAAUAAAAGCCAAUAAAAAAGAAAUACCAUCCGAGUUCAAACACAAUCCAUCACGUCGUGUCGGUACAUCUAUGUUUGGCUUUCACACUAAACUCACACUAGUUAGUUUCAAACCGGAAUCCCAAAAAAAUAGUUCUUCUGUUGUCUACUUUGCACAAUGA